UUUCUAUUAAAGAAUGUAGAUAAAUAAAAAAUAAAUAAAAAAGAAUAAAGAAAGAGAAAAAGGAGGAGGAAACAAGCAAUUGUAAAGUCGUCUGUCCACGGUGAGCAGACGGCCUGUCUUCAUCGUCAAACAACCAAUCUGAUUUCACCCAAAAUCAUUCAUUCUUCACUUUUUCUAUUCAAUUUUUCAAUUUCUUUUGUUUUUGUUUUUCAGCUAUGGAGGUACAUACUUCAUGGGAUUCACUUCGAAAACAGGCGAGAAAACUCGAAGCUCAAUUGGAUGAGCAAAUGAAUGCUUAUCGUAAAUUAGUUUCUACUAAUAUUUCCACAAAAGCUGAUGCUGCAGAGAGUGAUCUAGAGUCUUGGAUUGAGCGGUUAAUAAAACAACUCCAUCAAGUAAACUCACAGAUGCAAGCUUGGGUAUCAUCUGGUGGUUCAGAUAUGGUUUCUCAUACUUUGACUAGACACCAAGAAAUUCUUCAAGAUAUCACGCAGGAGUUUUAUCGUCUUCGCUCAAGUCUUCGAGCUAAGAAAGAACAUGCUUCACUUUUAGAUGAUUUUAAAGAAUUUGACCGGACGAGAUUAGACUUGGAAGAGGGUGCCGAAUCUGAACAGCAUAUACUUCUAAAAGAGCAUGCUUCUAUCAGCCGAAAUACCGGACAUAUGGACAAUGUAAUUUCACAAGCACAAGCAACACUAGGGGCACUUGUCUUCCAGCGUUCAACAUUCGGUGGUAUCAAUUCAAAGCUCAGCAAUGUCAGCAGUCGCCUCCCUACGGUAAAUAACAUACUCUCGGCUAUAAAGCGAAAAAAGUCGAUGGAUACCCUUAUACUUUCCCUUGUCGCAUCAGUAUGCAUAUUUCUCAUUUUGAUCUACUGGUUAACCAAAUGAGGUUGUUUACUUUGGUGGAAGCUCAACUCAUGUAAACCGUUUUUUGUUCCAUGUCUAUUUGACUUAAUAGCUUGUGUCGCGCUGAAAUGAAUUUUUUUAAGGUAGUGUAUUUUGUAAGUGUUCAUUUGAUUGUUUAUCCUUGUAUCAAAAGUAACAACGACGAGUAAAGAUCCAUUUGUUAACACCCGAAGAAAAACAGAUUUUUUGAAUUUAGGGUUUCAUUUCUUUGUUUCAAUAUCAUAGAUAAUAGCUUGAAGAGCAAGUGGUAUAGAUUUGAAAGAUUCAAGUUUCAA